GUUGAAAUGCUAACUAUGUACUUGUUGAUUCUAUGUUUUUUUGAAAAGUUUAUUAUUUGUUGCACACAGGUUGCAACUGCCAAUUCCGGGGAAUCAUCAAACGCCACUUCGAUUGAAGAAGCUUCAUCUGAGAAGAAAACACAGCUAACUGGCAUCUAUGAUCUUGUUGCUGUAUUGACACACAAGGGAAGAAGUGCCGACUCCGGUCAUUAUGUUGCUUGGGUGAAGCAGGAGAAUGGUAAAUGGGUCCAAUAUGAUGAUGACAAUCCUAUUUCUCAAAGGGAAGAGGACAUAACGAAGUUAUCCGGUGGAGGUGAUUGGCACAUGGCAUACAUGUGCUUGUACAAAGCCAGGGUUAUCUGAGAAAAACAUCCGAAAGGUUUUUAAGUUAGAAUUUAUUCUGAACCUGUUGGGAGAAUAAUUUGAUAAUAUAAAUGCAGAAUUCAUUCAUUCUGAUUUGAGCCGUGUUAGCUAAAAUUAGAAUCAGACUAGUAUCUGUUAUAUUCAUGUGCUACAUCUUUAUUUAUUUUCUGGCCACUACAGAUUCUGUUUGCCCUUUCCUUCUCAAUAAUUUUCUUGCGCAAUAUGAAGUUGUUUAUGCCAUUUACGAGGCCUUUUACAAUAUUUAAAUUGACGUAGUGCUUACAUGGUUACAAAUA